GAACUUAUCAAUGCAAUGUACAGCACAAACCCUUCACGAUAGUGGUGAAUCUCAGAACGUCGCUUGCCAGCUGUGACUUUGUGUGACUGACUUUUGACAUUAUCGACAAAAAAAUGUUCCUGAAGCUCUUCGUUUGAAGGUCAAAAGUUGAUCAUUGACGUCUUUAUAAUGAGUGAAGGCUUCUAUAACUGCUCAGUUGGCAUCACCGCUCCAACCCCUCUCGGCAAUUUGGAUGAUUUUGUCGAAGAUGCAACCCAAACUGGGCAUGACUUUGUCGUGGUCCCAAUCGCGGACGAUCACUACAAGCGAGUUUUGUUUGAAGAAGCUGACUCGAAAAAACAAUUGAACGAGUGGAGAGCCGGCUUACCUCUCACACCAAAAGACCUUGUGCUGAAGAAAGUUGAUUGGGCAGGUGUAUGUACCGGUAUAUUUUCAGACUGGAUCGAUCUUGAAUCCGAGGAUGACCUUAUUCGAAUCAAUUCUGAAAUUGCACUCAAGCAAGAAGCCACAUGGGCUGCUCACCUUGGUCUUCCCUCUGUGCUGUUACCAAUUCUUCCCUCAAACACCAUUUCAAAUUUUGCACGAGUCAUGUGUAGCUUAACCAACAUCUUGAGUUAUGCUCAAAUAUUAAUAAGAGUCAUAAUCAGCGAUGGAUCAGAAGCAACUGGCUGGACCCAAUGGAACACUCUCUACAACCUUACCGAACAAAAUCCUAAGUUAAAUGUUGCUCUUGAGUUAAGUGCCCAGCUUCCUAUGGAAGAAGAUCAGAUCGAACGUUGGUACUCGAUGCCCAUCAAGGCUGUCAUCAUUCCUGCAAACGUGUUCAUAUCCAAUCAAAAGGGCUUUCCUGUUUUGCCCAAAAGACACCAAUCAUUUGUCAAAGCCUUAAUGAAAAAGUUCAAACCAUCCAUCAUCGUAACAGCUUCUGAAUUGGGAUUACAUCAAGCCGGUGGACCAUCAGCAUAUCAAGAGUAUAUUCGGUAUUUGAAUAGAAGCUUACCACCACCAGAUGAUGUCGAGCGAUUUUCAGUAGGGUAUCAAGAUUAUUUGCAAGCACCACUUCAACCGUUAAUGGAUAAUCUUGAGAGUGCGACCUACGAAACCUUUGAAAAGGACCCUAUCAAAUACCAACAAUAUGAGAAGGCAGUCUACCAUGCUUUGCUUGACAGAGUACCAGAAGGAUCUGAUGUAGUAACAGUCAUCAUGGUCGUCGGAGCUGGUCGAGGCCCUUUGGUGAACUGCAGCAUUAGAGCAGCUGAAAAAGCGAAUAGGAAAGUCAGGCUAUAUGCGGUUGAAAAAAACCCAAACGCGCUCGUAACUUUACAGAACAUGAAAGACGAGGUAUGGCAUGAUCUUGUUACCAUUGUGUUCUCUGACAUGCGCAAAUGGGUGGCCCCGGAAAAGUGUGAUAUCCUCGUAAGCGAGCUUUUGGGAUCUUUUGGUGACAAUGAGUUGUCUCCAGAGUGCUUGGAUGGUGCUCAAAAGUUCUUGAAACCUGACGGCAUCUCGAUCCCAUCGUCCUAUACAACGUACAUUGCCCCACUCUCCUCAUCAAAACUUUGCCAUGAGGUUGCUGCUUACAAAGACCUUGAACAUAGUGAAACACCAUACGUGGUCAUGUUUCAACAAGUAUCUCAUAUUGCUGAGCCAAAACCAAUUUGGACCUUCCAUCAUCCAAACAAAGAUGAUUUUGAAGCUGACAGUGACCCUCUUCACAAUAUGCAUAAUGUCCGAUUCCAAUCUACCACCUUCCAAGCAAAAGGAAAUAUCACCAUGCAUGGCAUUGCUGGAUAUUUCGAUUCUGUAUUAUACAAGGAUGUCAUGAUUUCCAUUCACCCCGAGACACAUUCGCCAGGAAUGUUCAGUUGGUUUCCUAUCUUCUUCCCUCUUCAAACUCCUGUCUUUGUACCUGAGGGAGCAACCAUUACCAUUGACUAUUGGAGAUUGACUGACAACAAGAAAGUCUGGUAUGAAUGGCGUGUUGGUCAGAGCUUGAAUGUUGUGGACAAAACCAUCGAGCUUGGCACUACUCCUGUUCAUAACAUUGGAGGGCGUUCCUCUUGGAUUGGGCUGUAGAUAUGAAACCUUUAGGGAGUCUUAGAUAGACCUGAUAAAUUUUUUAUUUUUGUGCAUCAUGCCUACCUGUAUUCGAUAAUACUACUUUAUCAAAGUGGUGGGAGUCAUUGUUUGAACCAUCU